GAAGCGCAGCAUGAUUGAGUGACGCCAAUAUGAUGCGAGGCGAGAAAAUUUUGGAGGAAGGUGGGCGGAUCUUCUCAAGCGUGCCAGCCGCUGUCAAAUCAAAGAGUGUAAGGCGCAGAUCCGUAUAGAAUGCUUGGGGGAUCGAUGAGCACAGCUCUGUAUGGUGGGAUUGGAAGCCUGGGCCAGCGAAUCUACAGCCGAGCAGACAAGAUUGUGGUCAGUUUGGACACAGCGCGUACAGCCAAGAGACUUGGGGAGUAUGAUCGAGAGCCUGCUCGAACGUGGCGGGUGGGGCAGCGGGGAGAAUCUGUGGUCGCGGCAGCCUACGGGAUGCUCUACAUUCUGAUUGUGCUCAUUUAUACCCCUCGACGCGAGGGUGGCCAAGGUUUCUUCAGAGUGCAUUCAUUUGAAGUAAAGCGUCCACUGUGAGUGGGUUGCUGCACCUAAAGACCAGACUCGACUGGGACCGUCUUGUGGCAUCUUACCCCUCUCCCGCACCCCCUCCCCCUUUCUCUCCCUAUGAACACGUCUGAGCCCGUGACCCGACCAGACACUGCAAAGGGAAAGCUGUUUGCAUCUUCGCAACUCCAGCUCGCAACCCAAUCACGGCGUCAUCCAGGGCGCCGAGUGAAACGCCCGUACCUGACGCCCUGCGCGAAGCUCAAGUCGAGUCAGAGUGCGUGCACGGAUGAGCAAGACGGGAAAAGGGCGCAUGUUCAUGCCGCCGAAGCUUGA